UGCUCUGACUUUGUCUUUACACCCCGUGCCUGGCACCUGGCAUGACACAAACCCUUCGCCCCGCGGCCAGAGUGCAGAAAGGUAAAUAACAAUAAGGACCUAACGAGGAGCUAAAGGCUGACGGCCAGAUCCCCUCAGGACCCCCAGGACAACCCCCUGCGGAGCCGAUAGAGUAACCGAGAGCAGAGUUUGUGCCUGAGGACCUUCCCCCCCACACACACACCACCACCAGCACUUCCACAAGGGAGAGCACGAGGAAGGUCCUUGCCACUGUCAAAGGAAGAGAGCAGGGCCCGAUCCUGCUGCCAUUGCAGUGUGUGGGAACUCCAAACCCCGCCCCCUGCUCCUCUCUUCCUUUGCCUAAGGUUCGUCUUUGCUGCGCUGUAAAACUUUGCUUUCAAACAGCCGAUGUGCAGUAAAGAGUCUGCUCGCCCCGUUUCCUUCUGGCUGCUCCGUCCCGUCCCCCCCCCCACGCCUCCCUCCCCACGCGCUCCUCUCCCCUCUCUCUGAAUUAGAUGCUUUGCCUGGUUCUCCCCCCCCCCCGCAUCCUAUUGAUAAACUACCAGUGGAUGUCGUUGUGUUCCUUGUGUGAGCGGAAUGUCACUCCUUUGAGAUGACCUCAAACUCAGCAGAAACUGGGAACGUCAUUCAGGCUCUCUGCAAGGCGCGGAGAGGGAGGCAGGGAAGGACAGAGUCCCGCCACUAGGGUGUUUUUGGGGGGGUGUGUGGGUUUGUUUUUUUCGGGUUUUUGUUUUUUUUUUUUUGUUUUUUGGUCUGAGGAUGGGAAUGCUCUGGGCUCUUUGAACCACACACCGUUCAGCAUCCAGCGCUUCCACUCCGCCAGCCAGGAGCGCUCGGCUGAGAGCUUGAAGACGGGCUGGGCCACCUUCCCCGGCAGCUCCAGAAACUUUCCCCUUGCGCCUCCGGAGGAAAACCAAAGGAGCGAAGAAGGCUCCCCGGAGGAGGCGCCCGCAGGAUGCCCGGGAAGUGCUGGCGGGUUGUGCUCACGCUGCUGUCGCUGUGGUGCCUGGCGGGCGGCGCGCGCGGCGGCUACGGCCUGAGCAUGUUCGCGGUGCAGACGGCGCAGCCGGACCCGUGCUACGACGAGAACGGCCACCCGCGGCGGUGCAUCCCGGACUUCGUCAACUCCGCCUUCGGCAAGGAGGUGAAGGUGUCCAGCACCUGCGGCAGGCCGCCGGCCCGCUACUGCCUGGUGAGCGAGAAGGGCGAGGAGCGCGUGCGGACCUGCCACCUCUGCAACGCCUCGGAGCCGCGGCGGGCCCACCCGCCCGCCUUCCUCACCGACCUCAACAACCCGCACAACCUGACGUGCUGGCAGUCGGAGAACUUCGUGCAGCACCCGCACAACGUCACGCUCACCCUCUCGCUGGGCAAGAAGUUCGAGGUGACCUACGUGAGCCUGCAGUUCUGCUCGCCGCGCCCCGAGUCCAUGGCCAUCUACAAGUCCAUGGACUCCGGCCGCAGCUGGGUGCCCUUCCAGUUCUACUCGGCCCAGUGCCGCAAGAUGUACGCCAAGCCCAGCCGCGCCGCCAUCACCAAGCAGAACGAGCAGGAGGCCAUCUGCACCGACUCGCACACCGACAUGCGGCCGCUGGCCGGCGGCCUCAUCGCCUUCAGCACCCUGGACGGCCGCCCCUCGGCCCACGACUUCGACAACUCGCCCGUGCUGCAGGACUGGGUCACGGCCACCGACAUCAAGGUGGCCUUCAGCCGCCUCCACACCUUCGGCGACGAGAACGAGGACGACUCCGAGCUGGCCCGCGACUCCUACUUCUACGCCGUCUCCGACCUGCAGGUGGGCGGCCGCUGCAAGUGCAACGGCCACGCGUCCCGCUGCGUCCGCGACCGCGACGACCACCUGGUCUGCGACUGCAAGCACAACACGGCCGGGCCCGAGUGCGACCGCUGCAAGCCCUUCCACUACGACCGGCCCUGGCAGCGGGCCACGGCCCGGGAGGCCAACGAGUGCGUGGCUUGUAACUGCAACCUUCAUGCCCGGAGGUGCCGCUUUAACAUGGAGCUCUACAAGCUUUCAGGCCGCAAGAGCGGAGGGGUCUGCCUUAAUUGCCGGCACAACACAGCAGGCCGCCAUUGCCACUACUGCAAAGAGGGCUACUACCGGGACAUGACCAAGCCGAUCACCCAUCGGAAAGCAUGCAAAGAGAUUCCUGUUGCUCCACCCACCACUGCAGCCAGCAGCACAGAAGAACCUGCAGAUUGUGACUCAUACUGCAAGGCGUCCAAGGGGAAGCUGAAGAUUAACAUGAAGAAAUACUGCAAGAAAGACUAUGCUGUGCAGAUCCACAUCCUGAAGGCCGACAAAGCUGGGGACUGGUGGAAAUUCACCGUCAACAUCAUCUCUGUGUACAAACAAGGGACCAACCGGAUACGGCGUGGAGACCAGAUCCUGUGGAUCCGCUCCAAGGACAUAGCAUGCAAGUGCCCGAAAAUCAAGCCCAUGAAGAAGUACUUGCUGCUGGGCAAUGACGAAGACUCGCCGGACCAGAAUGGGAUCGUAGCGGACAAGAGCAGCUUGGUGAUACAGUGGAGGGACACAUGGGCUCGGAGGCUCAGGAAGUUCCAGCAACGGGAGAAGAAGGGGAAGUGUAAGAAAGCCUAAAGGAAGAGAUAGCAGCAGAGUGCGAGAGAAAGAGAGACUGUGCAUGCUGCUUUGUGUAGAACCUGGAGCAGAUAGGGAUUGGGUUUAGGGAUUUUGUGAAGGAACUCACUUUGCAGUUUGUGUGUGUCGGGGGGGGGGCGGGGAUGGGAUGUAGGGGAAUCACUUCUGUGGGACUGCCAAGUUUGCACCUGAUAGUACAGAAAAAAAAAAAAAUCACACAUACUCACAAAAAGAAACCAUCGUGCCACGAGGCUGGAUCGGGGCCUGCACUGCCUCGGUCGCCACAGCACCCAGGCUUGUUCAGUUACCAGUUCCCAUGGUCCCCUCGCUUAUUUCGCCCCUUUGUGUCGAAGAGAUCACAGACGCCAAACUGCCUUAAAAUUGCUAACGCCUGCUAGUUCCAAAGCCAAGAAACUAACCAACGGCAAUGCUGGAAAUUAACUUCCCUACCCCGGAAUCACAUUUUCUCAUCUUAGGUUAAACGAGACAAUUAUUGUAGGGGAACUAAUUAGAAAUCGAUCACUGAGGACAUAUUUGAGGAUCAAUUAACACUGGUUACUUGAAUGGUCUUCAGUAAAAUAUAGUUCUAAUAAUCAAUUGCCUGCUGUACAGUAUCUAAGAGACAGGGCUAGAUUUUCAAAGUUGAGCGUGUGUGAUGAUGCUUGUUUAUUAGUACCUGCUUGCACCCACACAACAGCAGGCCUCUUACACUGUAUGUGGAGCAGCCACUAGAAGAAGACACAAUAGUCGGUGGGUUACACAUGCACCUAACUUUGAAAGCAUGGCCCUGCUAUUCCUGUUGGAUUCAAAUCCAGGUUUUCAAAGGAGAGCUGCAUGCUGUUUAGAUGCCAGCUGGUUAGCACAAGAUAUGCACUGAACCACAUCUUGGUACACAUGGAUCCACCUCCCAGCUGACAAUCCUCAGUCUAGCGUUUAAUAAUCCAGGUCCCAUUUGUCAAUGGCCAGUCAUCACUGUGUUAAAUCCAGAGAGUGGAGGAGACAGGAGGGUAAGAUUUGCAGAAGCACCUAAGGGAGGUUGGUGCCCAUGCUUUGCUUGGAGGCUUCUUUCCAAAGUCUUUGCUGGCAGUAGCUUCACUUCCAUACCCAACUAGCCCUUCACAAUCCCGUGCACCUUCCCCAACCCUCCCGCCCCGUCCCAGCCUUUAAAUGUUACUCAGAAGAUGAAGGCCCCACUGAGCAAACUGUUGGGAAGCCCACACAGUCACGUUACUUCCUGCCCCUGAGAGUCCCCAUGUGUCCCUGAGAUAGCUGGCCACCUGUCAUCUCAUUUCUCAUGCCAGUGACGACGAGAGGUGGAGAUUUUUGUUCAGCAUCAGGUUGAAUGUGUGUCUUUUGAGGAUUUGUGCUACAGCAGCUGGUAAUAAUGCAAUGCUUCAAACGCAGAUUCACCCGUGCUGAGGGGCAAGCAUAAAGACCUGUGUAUUACUUCAGCCCCAGUUGAUGUAAAUGAUGCAUAGACCUGCACCAGGAGAAACACUAGCCAGAGUGACUAUAUGCAAAAAGGCUCUACCCAUUUAGCCACUGUAGAAACAAAACUUUCCCAAAACAGGACAAUUAUCUGCCAAUAUAAAUGAGACAACCUCUGUAGUCCACAUAGGUCAAUUCUUCUAGGUAGAGGCUGAAUUCAACUCCCUUGGCUUCCUGUAGGCAUUGCUCAUAUUCGGCACCUCACCAUUAUAACACACUGCUAGGUGGAGAGGUUGGGGCAGAUCAGCUGAGACUCGCGUUUGAGGGGCUUAACUCCUCCAUGGAGCUUGUGGCACUUCUGCUUUGUUAAAGCCACGGUGCAGAUUUUUCUUAGCUUCCACAUUAGACUCAUAAGGGGAGAAGGAGAUUUGCACUCACACACAACUUGUACAAGCAACUGCUUGUAAAACAACAACAAAAAAUGGGCGCAACUUGGAUGCACAAUUCAGACUCAAAUGUCUACGAUGCCCAUACUACAAAAAUCAAAACCUCCCUGAUACUUUUCUGUUAGGAAACUUGGAAACAUCCAUUUUAUGAUAUUUUCCAGCAGUUUGGCCAAUUUAUAGUAAUUGACAAUAUUUAUAUAAUGACAUAAACUGCUCUAAAGCAAGGCAGCGAUGUAAAUAAGUAUAAAAUGGAGAAGUGCCCACUGAAAUGCAGAGUGGGCUUGGGGAGUUGAAAUUCAUGGCUGGGAUAGGGAAACCAGUUCCUGUGAGCUUAUCUGACCCUUGAUGUGAAUUACAAGGCUUAACUAACUAAAGCAAAUUAGUCAUUAGGAGAGAAAAUAUGCAGAAUGCUCCUCGGCAAUGAGCGUUCAGCAAAACCAAGUAUUUGUCCCGCAUCCCUUUUUACUGACCGUGGGACAGAAAGAAGAAGGGCAACUGGUGUUAAAGGCAAAUGAUUUUGAAGUCAAUGGGACUUGUGCUCCUAAGUCACUUGCAUGCUUUUGAAAAUCUCACCCUCAGGUGCCUAAAUAUGUACUUGAGAGCAUAACAUUUUGACCAAACUGAUCAAAUUGGACUGGGCCAAAGUACAGUCCUUGAGAGACUGCAUUGGCUUGGAGAUCUAUCUGUGCUUCAUGGCACCCGGCUGUUCUGUACGCCCUUGUGGUGCGGGGCAUUCCUAGGUACAGCACCCCCAGUUGAGUCCCAUCACCCUGCCACUAUAUGCGGUAAAACCUUAUCUCCAGCUAAGGAAUGUUUACAAAAAAAAUUCCCUGCUAUUCUAGGCAGGCCACUGUGUAACGCUACGAGGAUGCUCUGUUGAUAAUCCUAAAGCUCAUUCAACUGGCUACAGAUGUUUUCUGACUGAGAUUUCCAAAGUAGCCUGUGGCUGGAGUGAGGAGCCCAACUCCUAGUUUCAGUGGUAGGUGGGCACCCUUUGGUGCCUUUUAGAACCCCAGGCCCCAAGUUUGCGUUUAGUAUAACAUCAAAGCACAGGCAUCUGCCCCAGUCUGAGCAAAUGCGCAUUGAACUGCAGCAAGGUCCCUCGGGGCCGCAGCUUUGCCUUCCAAGCGGACUUGCUGCAUUCACAGCAAUGGCUAGCUGGAGAAUAGCAGACAUUUCCACCCUUGGGUUUGUGGAGCUAGCAUUAUUAACCUGGAGCCCGGCACCUAGGAUGGCAUUCAAAACAAAAAAUUAAACUUUAAAAAGGAAAGCCCCAACCCUCAGAUUACUGCCUUUAAUGUUUUUGGAAGAACCCCCGGAAGAACACACAGCAAAUGUUCAUGCCUCCAACAGAGGAUAUUUAUACGCUGAAAAGAUGCAACAGGCUAUGGGUACUCCAGACAGUAAAAAGAAAAUAAAUAAAAAGAAAACCAAGAAGUUUGUAUAGUUAGUAUGAGAUGUAAAGCAAACUAGCGCUCAGAAAUUUUAUUAACCAGAAGUGUAAUAAUGUAGAUUUUCUAAACAAACCACCACCCCUGCCGUGCAAGUCUAGUAAGAAAUACUAUCUUUUUUGGUUUUGUUUUUUUACUUUUGCGCUUACCAACAAGUCUGAGGGGCUUGUUUGGCUCUGCCCACAGCUAACAAGUAUCCCUCUUUAGCUGUGUGUAAUACGUUCAUACAGAAUACUGAGCAUGUAUAAUGUAUACAAUCUCUGUUACCACUAGGUAAAGUGAAGCAAAACAAUCUACCUUUCAGGGGGUGUCUUAUGAAGUAUGUACUUCCUAUAGGUUGCUGGCUUCUCUUUAAGAACAACCCCCCUGGACUUUAGUAGAACCAGGAUUAUAGUCUUUGGGUAACAACUUCCAUGGGGUUGGCUGCUCCUCAGAAGAAUCCUACAGCUCUUCAUUUGGAGGUAGCCAAUAAGGCAACCCCAUAUCCCAGCCAGCAAGGAAUUUAUACCCAUCACCUAAAAGCAGCCACCGAUCCGCUUGAUUAGUUCGGCCCUGUUAGCCCAGUGGCUGAUGUGAAUUAAAUGUCACGCUCCCCCUUGUCAGAACAUUCCACUGAUGUGAAAAAAACCCUCAUCUGAGUCUUACAGGGGAAAGAACCAAAAUAAUCAUCCAGGGUAACGAGAGAAAAACCCAGGGGCCCAGGGAGAGGGCGAAGGGCUUUUGGAGAGUUCUGUACUGGCAGUUAUCAUUAAGGGUCACACACAACGGUGGAACAUUAUGGUAACUUGAAUAACACAAAAAUAAGUAAAUAGAUCCUGAGGUCCCCUGAGGACGUAUAACAUGGAAUUUGUAACAGGGUAAAAGGGCUGCUGUGCCAACCAAGCGAUUCUGGAAAGCAGCUGAAAUGCCAAAACAAUCAUCACUCGACAGUAGCAUUAAACAAAAGUUGUUUUGUUUGUUUCAUUCUGUGUCCCUUCCCCCCUCCUCCCGCACACACCCACCCACCUUUUCGCCUGUUACACAGACCUGGCAGAAAAACCUGUGUUUUUUUAUCUCUGUUAAUAUCUUGAAUUGUAAAUGUUGUUUAGUUAUGACCAUUACAUACUGUUUUGGGCAAUGUUUCUUUACAAUGCAUACUAAUAUAUUAUGGUUAUUAUAUAUGAAUAUAUUUAAUGACGUGAAAAAGUUGUGGAUUUUCUUAUUUUUUUCCAAGUUGUCUUUUUGUUUUGUUUUGUUAGAUGGCUGUAACUGAACCAGAUGGAGCUUGUAACUGUUCAGCACUCACUUGGUAGAACUAAAGUCAGAAACCAGUUGAAUAAACUCUUGUAAACUGUA